CGUCAAGACCCCGCCCCCUGAGCACGGCUAACGGCGCGAGGGGCCUGAGUGUGGUGCGCUGCUGGACGACGGACGAGCUGUGCCACCAGGCUGUGCCACCAGGCUGCCGUGUGACCUCUGACAAGUCUUCUUCACCCAUAAAGUGUUGGGAUGGCCACCAGCUGGGAGAGCUUCUUGCAGGAUGAACAGCAGCUGGAGGAGCUGGCACGGCAGGCUGUGGACCGGGCCCUGGCUGAGGGAGUGUUGCUGAGGACCUCACAGGAGCCCAGCUCCUCAGAUGUGGUGAGCUAUGCCCCAUUCACGCUCUUCCCCUCAGUGGUCCCCAGUGCCCUGCUAGAGCAAGCCUAUGCUGUGCAGAUGGACUUCAACCUGCUAGUGGAUGCUGUCAGCCAGAACGCUGCCUUCCUGGAGCAAACUCUCUCCAGCACCAUCAAAAGGGAUGACUUUACUGCUCGUCUCUUUGAUAUCCACAAGCAAGUCCUGAAAGAGGGCAUUGCCCAGGCCCUCAGAGUCAUCCCUUGGGCAGACGGCCUCAGCCUUCAGUUUUCCCCACAGACUGUGUUCCUGGGCCUGAACCGCUCAGACUACAUGUUCCAGCGCAGCGCAGAUGGCUCCCCAGCCCUGAAACAGAUUGAAAUCAACACCAUCUCUGCCAGCUUUGGGGGCCUGGCCUCCCGGACCCCAGCCGUGCAUCGACAUGUUCUCAACGUACUGAGGAAGACCAAAGAAGCUGCCAAGAUCCUCUCCAAUAAUCCCAGCAAGGGACUGGCCAUGGGAAUUGCCAAAGCCUGGGAGCUCUACGCCUCAGCCAAUGCUCUGGUGCUACUGAUUGCUCAAGAGAAGGAAAGGAAUAUAUUUGACCAGCGUGCCAUAGAGAAUGAGCUACUGGGCAAGAACAUCCACGUGAUCCGGCGAAGAUUUGAAGAUAUCUCUGAAAAGGGGUCUCUGGACCAAGACCGAAGGCUGUUUGUGGAGGGCCAGGAAGUUGCUGUGGUUUACUUCCGGGAUGGCUACAUGCCGAGUCAGUACAGUCUACAGAACUGGGAAGCACGCCUGCUGCUGGAGAGGUCACGUGCUGUCAAGUGCCCGGACAUUGCCACUCAGCUGGCUGGGACUAAGAAGGUGCAGCAGGAGCUGAGCAGGGUGGGCAUGCUAGAGGUGUUGCUCCCUGGCCAGCCUGAGGCUGUGGCCCGCCUCCGUGCCACCUUUGCUGGCCUCUACUCACUGGACAUGGGUGAAGAGGGGGACCAGGCCAUCACUGAGGCCCUUGCUGCCCCUAGCCAGUUUGUGUUAAAGCCCCAGAGAGAGGGUGGAGGUAACAACCUGUAUGGAGAGAAUAUGGUGCAGGCCCUGGAGCAGCUGAAGGACAGUGAGGAGAGAGCCUCCUACAUCCUCAUGGAGAAGAUCGAACCUGAACCUUUUGGGAAUUGCCUGCUGCGGCCUGGUAGCCCUGCCCGAGUGGUCCAGUGCGUCUCAGAGCUGGGCAUCUUUGGGGUCUAUGUCAGGCAGGGAAAGACACUUGUGAUGAACAAGCAUGUGGGGCAUCUACUUCGAACCAAAGCCAUCGAGCAUGCAGAUGGUGGUGUAGCAGCAGGAGUGGCAGUCCUGGACAACCCAUACCCUGUGUGAAGGCACAAUCAGGCCGGCUUGGACUUUACUCAAGAGACCUCCUAUUCCCUGUACUUGUCAUUCCUCUCCUAUUCCUCUCCAGGGGCUGCCCUCAGGGAAGGGUAAAUGCUGGAACCUUCCCCCAGCAUUUCAUCUGAGGACGAGAAAAGCUCUAUUUCCCUUAGAUGAGAUCUAGAGGCCCCCAAAUCCUUGGGAUGUGGGUAUAGCUGAAGGGAAGCUGCUCUGAGGUAAAGGUCCAUAAACCCUGCCCCACUCCUGUCACCUUCUCAUCAGCCUUUUCAGCGAGUUCCAGUGCCUGACUUGGGACAGGACCAAGUGGUGGGAGAGGGAGUGGAGGGGCAUAGCCUUUCCCCAACUCUACUUUAAAUAAAACUGCAUUGCUGAUUCA